UCGAUAUACCGAAAAGUUUGCCGCAUUGCCUAUCGGAAAGGUGCGAAUCUCUCACACGUUGCUGCAGUCCAGUCCGGCUGACGAAAUUGUUUGCAUUUGCAUUUACUGUUGAAACAACCAGCAAGAUGAAGUUCCUGUCCGCCAAGGAGGUUCGCGAUGCCUAUCUGGGCUUCUUUAAGGAGCAGAAGCACAUUUACGUUCAUUCGUCGAGCACGAUUCCACUGGACGAUCCCACCCUGCUGUUUGCCAACGCCGGCAUGAACCAGUUCAAGCCCAUCUUUCUGGGUACCGCGGAUCCCAACAGCGAAAUGUCCAAGUGGGUGCGCGUAGCCAACACACAAAAGUGCAUCCGUGCCGGUGGCAAGCAUAACGAUUUGGACGACGUCGGAAAAGAUGUCUACCACCACACCUUCUUCGAGAUGUUGGGAAACUGGUCCUUCGGCGACUAUUUCAAGAAGGAGAUCUGCUCCUGGGCCUGGGAGUUUCUUACCGUGCGUCUUGGUCUGCCCAAGGAGCGCCUGUAUGUGACAUACUUCGGUGGAGAUGAAGCCAGCGGUCUGGAGCCCGACCUAGAGUGCAAGCAGUUGUGGCUGGACUUGGGCCUGAAGCCAGAGCACAUCCUUCCUGGCAGCAUGAAGGACAACUUCUGGGAGAUGGGCGAGACUGGACCUUGUGGACCUUGCUCUGAGUUGCACUUUGACCGUAUCGGCGGGCGCAGUGUCCCGGAGCUGGUCAACAUGGAUGACCCCGAUGUCCUAGAGAUCUGGAAUCUCGUGUUCAUCCAGUACAACAGGGAGUCCGAUGGCAGUCUGAAGCCACUACCCAAGAAGCACAUCGAUUGCGGCAUGGGCUUUGAACGGCUGGUGUCCGUCAUCCAGAACAAGCGUUCCAACUAUGAUACUGAUUUGUUUGUACCGCUCUUUGAGGCAAUCCAGGCAGGCACUGGCGCCCCAGCUUAUCAGGGUCGCGUAGGUGCCGACGAUGUGGACGGCAUCGACAUGGCAUACCGGGUGCUCGCCGACCACGCCCGCACCAUCACAAUUGCCCUGGCUGAUGGUGGCACUCCGGACAACACUGGCCGUGGUUAUGUCCUUCGCCGCAUCCUCCGCCGCGCUGUUCGUUAUGCCACUGAGAAGCUGAAUGCCAAGCCCGGUUUCUUUGGCACCCUGGUGAACACUGUGGUGGAUCUGCUUGGCGAUGCCUUCCCAGAGGUGAAGAAGGAUCCGCAGCACAUCAUUGAUAUCAUUAACGAAGAGGAGUUGCAAUUCCUAAAGACUCUUACGCGCGGACGCAAUUUGCUCAACCGCACCAUCGAAAAGCUUGGCAAUCAGACCACUAUUCCCGGCGAUGUAGCUUGGCGACUGUAUGACACUUACGGCUUCCCAGUGGAUCUCACCCAGCUGAUGGCUGAGGAAAAAUCCCUGCAAAUUGAUAUGGAUGGCUACGAGGCUGCCAAGCAGAAUUCAUACAUCUUAUCACAGGGCAAAGGUGCCAGCAAAAUCGAAGAGAUCAAUUUAGAUGUGCAUGCUAUUUCCCAGUUGCAGGAGCAGGGCGUGCCUCCGACCAACGACUCAUUCAAGUACAAAUACGAGGCUGUGUCGGAUGAGCGCGAUUCUGCCUACAACUAUGGUGUGUGCAACAGCAAGAUCGUCGCUCUGCGUUUUGAAAACCAGUUUGUGAACGAGAUCAGCAGCGGACAGAAGGCAGGUAUUGUCCUGGACAACACUAACUUCUAUGCCGAAAGCGGUGGUCAAAUCUACGAUCAGGGUGCUCUGGUGAAAGUGAACGACGAGGCAAACGAAUUCCUGGUGGAUCGUGUCUACAACCGCGGAGGCUACAUUCUCCACAUCGGUGUAGUCGAGGGCACACUAAAAGUUGGAGAUGAACUGGAGCUGCACAUUGAUGUGGAGCGUCGCUGGCUGACCAUGAAGAACCACUCGGCCACUCACGCCCUCAACCACUGUUUGCUGCAAGUUUUGGGUAAGGACACCGAGCAGAAGGGUUCGUUGGUGGUGCCAGAGAAGCUGCGCUUCGAUUUCAACAGCAAAGCAGCUAUGACCAUUGAGCAGGUGUCCAAAACGGAGCAGUUGACCAAGGAAAUGGUGUACAAGAACGUGCCCAUCUACGCCAAGGAGUCAAAAUUGGCUCUAGCCAAGAAGAUCCGUGGCUUGCGCUCUGUCUUCGACGAAGUUUACCCCGAUCCCGUGAGAGUUAUUUCUUUUGGCGUGUCCGUAGACGAACUGGAGCAGAAUCCCGAUUCUGAGGCUGGUGAACAAACCUCCGUGGAGUUCUGCGGCGGUACCCAUCUCAGACGCUCGGGGCACAUCAUGGAUUUCGUCAUCAGCAGCGAAGAGGCCAUUGCCAAGGGAAUUCGUCGCAUUGUGGCACUUACAGGACCCGAAGCCCUUAAAGCACUAAAGAAGUCGGAGGGUUUCGAACAAGAAAUCGUACGACUCAAGGCUACCAUCGAUGCCGAUCAGUCUGGCAAGGACUCUAAGUCGCAUGUCAAGGAGAUCGUCGAGCUGACUGAACAGAUAUCGCAUGCCACGAUUCCGUACGUGAAAAAGGAUGAAAUGCGCAAUCUGCUGAAAGGCCUAAAGAAAACUUUGGAUGAUAAGGAGCGCGCUCUGCGAGCCGCCGUCUCGGUUACCGUGGUUGAGCGCGCCAAGGCUCUGUGCGAGGCCAAUCCCAAGGCUACCGUUCUCGUCGAACAGCUUGAGGCCUUCAACAACACCAAGGCGCUGGAUGCCGCUCUCAAACAGGUGCGCAGUCAGCUGCCCGAUGCCGCUGCCAUGUUCUUGUCGGUUGAUGUGGACUCGAAGAAGAUCUUCUGCCUGAGCUCGGUACCCAAGAGCGCCGUGGAAAAGGGUCUGAAGGCAAACGAGUGGGUGCAGCACGUAUCCGCCACGCUGGGUGGCAAGGGAGGUGGCAAACCGGAAUCCGCUCAGGCUUCGGGCACAAAUUACGAAAAGGUGGACGAGAUUGUCCAGUUGGCCAGCAAGUUCGCCCAGUCGAAGUUGUCCUAAAUCCAACAAAAAAGGCAAACGCUUAAAUUACUCAAAAUUUUGAUACACACUUAUGCUUAAUCUUAAUCCGUUGAUCUGUUUCAAACAGCAUUUCAGAUGAAUUUUUACGGCUAUUUAUAAAAUAAAAGCAUUUAUACACUUA